AUGGCAGAACAUGCCGGGGCUGAUGUGGUCGAUCUAACCGAAGAUCCUGAUCAGGAUGAACAGAUUAGCUUAGCUGGCUCGGCAGAGACUUCGGAAAAAAGCGAGAAUGAGCGAACAAAAGACCAUCAUGUCACUGGCGAGCGACGCCGUCGUAUAAGGGGUGAUUGGCAAGAGUCCCGUAGGGAGAGGAGUCCUGAUGAAAACAGAGCCAAGGAGUUGAGAGCGUACCAAGAGUUUUCCAAGCAGUGCUCACGGGUUGAUGGUGUCGUCUAUGUGCCAAGCAACGUCUGGGAGCGGUUUUACCUGUACAGCCACGACUGCCAUAUUUAUGUUGGGACUUCGACGCUCCUGACUCCACCUCUUCAUGGGGAUGAGCAACUGGAUGAAGCCAUCAACACGGGCCCUGAGCCAAAAGGCCCAACCACCGGCAUCCAAAAGCCAGUAGUCGAUAGGGUUGGCAUUGUGAAUGAGCUUCUGAUGGGUCCAAUUAUGAGUAUAAUAGGUCCCACGGAGGCGCAACAUGACCAUGUUCCCCCCUUUCGCGCUAUUAUUCCCUACGAACAACAAUUUCGAGCCAUGCUAAAAGAACAGGAAGCGCAGUUGGCCGAGCAAGCGGCUCAAAAUCCCCAGCACCCUGCGGUGACGCGCACAAAGCCUUGGGUGCCAAAGCAAUAUGCCUACUACAAGUUAAUCGGGACUAAUCGUGAGGGGCAAAUCCUCUGGCAUGACGAUCAGGAGGACCUUGGAUUGACCUCAUUGGACACGAUGAGGAUCCUGGUUGACGGCCUCCGGGCACUUGUUCAUCUUUUGGACCAUGAACUCAGCAGUCUGGUGCAGACCUAUCGCCAAGCCCAGGCAGGAACAUUGAGGGAAAUCUCUUUCUCCCAUCUCUAUUACCUGUUCUGGCCGGGCCAGGAGAUUGUGACAAAGCGACCAAACUACCAGGUUUAUCGGGUGGUCCAGGUUUCCGGGGGUCGCAAAUCUCUGGCUCCGCGCAAGGGCAAAUCCUCCUUCCGAAACACUGUCUCCCCUCUAGCGAUCGAUUGCUUCUCCCUGGACUUCGAUGGACACCAGGUGAGACCAGUACCUACAACCCUCUUUAUUCGACCUUAUGAUGGCGAGGCCGCGAUCACUUCCUUGGAAGCAUAUCCCCUGCAGUAUGAUGACGCAUAUCAGCGUGAUGCUGUUAUUGCCCGAGGACGCAGAUUUGUCGAGCUGGUGCAGGUCACACACCGGCGCUACCAUGGACUUAGCUUGACUGAGGGCAGAUUUGACAGCUAUGAAGAGAUUGAUAGUGACGUGAUAAUUGACUUCGAACUUGCGCUCCGAAAUAAGGACGUCACGCCUCAGCAAUACAAUGGGGGUAUCAUUGUUUCUCCAACCGAGGAAGACGAAGAAGAAACUCACUCGUCGGCUUGGAAUUUUGACUUCGCGGAGCUGCAAAUCAGGCGCUGGUCCGAGUUUGUGAAAACCACUCCUUUACUCGAAGACCGGUCGCUAGAUCAGCUCGGUCUGGAUCACCUCCUUCUCCUUCCAUAUCGGGUUUAUGGAUAUGUGUUACUAAGUAGGAAGUGGUAUCCGCUAGAUAUUGAUAGAAUCACCGAGUUAAGGCGUCUGAACUCGGGCGGGAGAGAUGCCUUCGAUGAUCUAGUUCUACCUCCGCGACACCGGAAGAUUGUCCGCGCCCUGGUCAAGACCCAUGCCUGGAAAACACCCGAGGCCAACAACACCAGCAGCUCCCAACUCCCGGGGAUGCUAGUCAAGCGAGAGUUUGAUGUCGUCAAGGGGAAAGGCAAGGGCCUGAUUAUCCUGUUACAUGGGGUACCGGGGGUGGGAAAGACGUCCACGGCGGAAUGCGUGGCCGCUCACACGGGUCGGCCCUUGUUCCCCAUCACUUGUGGAGACCUGGGGGGGCAAAACGCCCAGGAAGUGGAAGAGAACCUUGAGCGAUUCUUCCAUCUUGCCCGCAAAUGGGGGUGCGUGUUGUUACUGGAUGAGGCGGAUGUUUUCCUAGGGGAACGGGUUGCUGGGAAUUUCCUCCAGAACAGCCUGGUGUCUGUUUUCCUUCGCGUCCUCGAAUACUAUUCAGGCAUUCUAAUACUCACAACCAAUCGCGUGGGUCAGUUUGAUGAGGCGGCCAUCUCGCGCAUUCACUGCGCCCUGUACUACGAGAACUUUGACAAGAAACAAACGCUGAAGGUAUGGGAGAAAAAUAUCGACCGACUCGAGCGGCAGAAUAACGAAAACAAUAACAACCUGAAUCCAACCCUUCCCCAAGACGGAACUCCUCAAAAGGUUUCUGAUGUGGCGGUCGGAUUUAACCGCAAAACCCUCCUUCAAUUCGCUAGGCAUCAAUGGAACCAGGGCAUCCGCUGGAACGGGCGGCAAAUCAAGAAUGCCUUCCAGACCGCGGUCGCCUUGGCAGAGUGGGAAAGUCUUGAAAAGAACGCGGACCACCCGCCCCCUCCCCAGCUGAGGAGGAAGCAUUUCGAAGAAGUCACCAAGGCCAGCAUGCAUUUUGAGUCGUAUCUGACUGCGGUUCGGGAAUCCAAUGCUGAACGUGCCAAGGCACAGAUGCUGCGUCGCGAUGAAUGGACUCAAAAUAUCCCGCAGGAAUAUCUGCCAAAUUGGCUGGAAGAAGCAGAAGAAGGAAGAGUUGUGGAGUUCGAGUGA